CCAAUAUACACCACACCGGUGGAAAGUCUGUGCUGUAACUUCACCAAAGCAUAGUUCUUUCUAUCUCAGUGGGAGUGAGAGAUGAUGACGCUAGACGAAGACGCCAUUGAAGACUGAUCAACUGAAGUAGAAUCCUAACCUAUAAAGGAGGCUCAACUUGCGCUAUAGCUAUUUGUAUAAUAUAUAAAUAUAUAAUGGUAGCAAAGCAAAUCGACACGGAAAAUAAUAUAAUUGCAUAGGAUCUACUCCAAAAAAGCUAUUAAAACCCAAUGCUAUUUGAACCGAAGAUUUACCAAUUGCAUACAAAUUCAAAGUAGUUUUAUAUCUACACCAUCUACAUUACCAGAAUGGAAUCUAAUGCCAUGAAACAGGACGAUGAUCAAAAUAUUAUUACAACUAUCGAGGAAUCACAACCAUCUACAUCGUCCAAUAUACAUAACGCCGAAUUAACCCCUGAAUCGAAUUAUGAGCAUGAGCAGUUACGUAAACUAUAUAAUGAAUUUGAAAUUUUACAACGUGAAAAUUUAAAAAUACUACAGCAUAUGAAUUACUAUAAAGAUAUUAAUACAACUCUUCGUUAUAAUAUUGAAUCAUUAAAAGCGUAUUUAAGAGAAACUAAUUUACAGAUAGAAGAAACUGAUAAAAGAAUACAAUUGUUUAAUCAACUUACUACAUACUUGCGUAGGCAUGAGCAAUAAUUUAGUAUAGGGCGCUUUUUUUUUUAGGGUUUCGUAAAUUUUUUUAUUUGCUUGGCGUGUGCCUGGUCUAUAUAUGGAGUAAGGACACCGUAAAGCAUUUAUCGAAAUAUUUAAGUAGAUUUAGGGGCUUAGAUGAUUAGAA